GUGGCUGUUGAGCUGUGUGGGCGUGUGCAGUUGACGGUACAACUGGUUGGAUGGGUUUUUUAGGACCUGAGUGAACUGGCUGCAGCGGAGAGGCGGCGCACCGACACACACAGAGCAGAUCAUGACGUCAGCUGAUUCCAGCCCCCUGACCACUCACGUGCUGAACACCGGAGACGGCGUCCCGGCGGCCAAGGUGGACGUCAGCCUGCACCGGCUCGACUCCAAGCUGAUGAUCUGGAACAUGCUGAGUGUCGGGACUACAAAUGAAGAUGGCCGCUGCUUAGGACUCGUCAGCAGAGAAGCGUUCAGCCCCGGCAUGUACAAGCUGCGCUUUGAGACGGGUUCCUACUGGGAGAACAUGGGUCAGAACUCCUUCUACCCUUAUGUAGAGGUUGUGUUUACCAUCACUGAGACGGAGCAGAGGUUUCACCUCCCCCUGCUGAUGAGUCGCUUCUCCUACAGCACGUACAGAGGAAGCUGAGAGCAGCUUCAACAGCAUUCUCAUUCAUAAAGAGAGACAUGAAUACAAGAGUGCAGUAAACACAACAGGAUAAUCAACAAAAACACACACACACAUACACAUACACACACAAAAAACACACACAUACACACACAAACACACACACACACACAUACACACACACGCAAACACACAC